UUGUGGUUGUGUGCACUGCGCUGCGUGUUUUUAAUUAAUUAAUGUUCGUUGUUCGGGAAAUAAGGGAAAGCAAGAAAGUAAAAAUACAAAUUGUGGUGGCCCGCGUACUGGCUAUUGCCCGCAGGAAGUAACGUGCACGUGAAAUAAAAAUAUAUAAGUGAAUCGGGACGACUGUAUUCCCUUGUAUACACACACUGUUUUGGGCGCGUCUCUUUUUGUUCGUUCCGCGCGUGUGUGUGUUUCUGGCAAAAGCGCGUCAGCUAAAAUAAAUACAUAUGUAUGUAUACACAUACUACUCAUGUGUUUAGGUUCUGAGAUCAAAAAAGUGUGUUUAAUUAAGCAAUAAGCUAAUCAAAUAUUGAAACAAGUGUCCGAAUUGUGAUUUUCUUGCUUAAUUUUCUUCGUUGUCGCUCGUACACACAAACCAAUACUCCCACAAAAGACUCACACUCAUGCAGCAAUACCGAAACAAGAUUUUGCAAGUCGCGUCCGUGUAGCUGUGAUUGUAGUUGUAGUUGUAGCUGCGGUGGCUUGUGCAACUACAAUAUUAAAUUGUUUACUGCUGCUGAGCAUACCUGGCUUCGCAGAAAACCGAGAAGAGUAGACAACAAAGGUGUCACAGUGGCGCCUUCUCGUUUCCACCUGCCUCUGCAUCUGUAUCCGUAACCGUGUCUGUGACCGUGUGUAAAGCGCAACGGGAGGAAUGUGUGCUCUCCGUUGUUUGUGAUUUCCAAUGUGAAAAGCUACAAGUGAAAGUGGUAACUGUGCUUAUCUGCACUAAUUGAUAGAUUGCCGCAAAGUGGAUUACUCCCUCAUCGAACUGCACCCAUCUGCAUAAUCAACUCUGUAGAAUAAUAAGCCUCUGUCUUCAGCGAAAACAAGAGCCAAAACAAUAUCAAGAAGUGACACUAUGGCAUAUAUGAGGGCCCUGAGUUACAUGUCACUGACUAAAACCCCCACCAGAGCAGAAAGAUGAUAAGAGUCCAUCAACAUGAGCCAAAUCACAGCACUUGAUUCGAGAACGCAUUCGCGUGCAAUUGAAAACGAAAGCAAUCCGAUGAUUACGUCAGAGGGAGCCACACAGUAAACCUCAGUCCGGCAACUCCGAAACAAUUCAAGUGGGAGCCCCUCUCGCUCUCCUCCUCUAGCACCUCUCCAUCCUUCAAAAUGAAUUCCGUCAUAUCUGCAUUUAAAGGGAAGAAGAACAGUGCGGCGGCCAGCGGCAACACGCCAACUGCCUCCAACGGUGUCAACGCGCCUUCUGCCGAUACUAAACAGAACCACAACGGUGGCCUGCUCGGCGUCGGAAUCGGCACAGGAGUGGCCAAGAAGAAAGCUGUGGCACAGAGCAGCGGCUACCAGUACUUGCGGCACAUCCGUGAGAUAGAGACUGCCAACAAGCUGCUGUCCCCCAUCGUGGGAGGGUCGGAAGACAUGGCUGGGGCCGAUGUGGUGGACCACUGCCUACCCACCACAGUGCGUCUGUCCUUCUCCGACUUCAAUAUGAACGGAAAGGGUGUCGGCGCUGUGGGGGCAGACCCUGCCCCUGGAGAAAAUGCAAACUUGGUGUUCAGCGACUCCUGGUCCGCCUCCCAGACGCCAGCAGCAGCGACGACGGAUGACGAAGACAUUUCGGAGCACUCGGCUGCCGCCUGCAACAGUACCAGCAGCUCCAGCGGGCACAGCAACAGCACCGUGGUGCACAGUCCAACGGUUGCGGAGGGUACCUGCCACCCCAGUCCCAGCCUGAGUCUGCACAGCUCCUCGCCCACCAACUGCGGCAUCAGCAGCAGUCCCCCACACAACAACAGCCAUUCGUCUAUGGCCAUCAGCUGCGAGCCCCAUUCGACGUCCACCACAACCCUCUCCUCGUUGGGGUCGGACCUGGACCAAGGCCAUGCAGCGGUCAGCAGCGAAAACGGAUCCUCUCAAACAACGCCGUACGCAUCGCCCGUGGUGACACCCCGUCACCAAAUGGACAUCCGCCAUGAAGGGUCGGUGGUGGGGAAUGAAAAUUAUAUACCCGCCUUUUUAAUGGCCGCACCGGUAACAUUGCCCUUGUCCACCACGACCGUGCCGGCUGUCAGCUCGGCGGCCAGUACGCCCAAGCACACGCGCUACUCGAAGCCACGACUUAGCCUGAGCCGCGUGUUUAACCACUCGAUGCCCUCGGUUCAUGGACGACCCAAUCUCAGUGUGGCAAUGGGCGAUGGGCUGGGUGCCGGAACAGCGGCCAGUUCCGGUCACGGUCCCCCGAAACGCAUCUCCACACACCAAAGAAACUUGAGUUUGGAUUUCAGAUCCAUGGGCAUAUUGCUGCCGCCUGUCUCUCAGGUGACCAACACACGCAUUAAUCACACCCAGCAUCAUCGCAACCGCAGCCUCGACAGUGCCCUGCAACGCAUACCAGAGGUUGAAGUGUCAUCUCCCAAUGCCGAUACGGAGAACACAUUCUGCUCUCCAUCAUCCAUACUAGUUACAAAUAUGUGCACGAAGAUUGCCACCACAGCGGCAAGUGUAACAGCAGCCCUAUCCCCCCCAACUACACCCACGCCAGCCAUCACAACCGUGGCACCGACACCCCUAAGCAUGAAGGUGAGCGUGCAACAGCAAGUGCAGCAGAGCCAGAAACACCAGCCAUCGAUUCGUUUGCAUGCUCCCUGCAGGACCAGUACCAGUACCGUCGUGGAGGCCUGUCCAACGUUGCGAGUGAGACCCAAGUCCAGCGACUCGGUGUCGGAGUCAGUCGGAGUCAUUGGCAGUGGCAACAGCAAUGGCGGCAGCAGCAGCAACAAUAGUUGCAGCAGCGCUGGAAGCAGCAAGAAACGAGAGGAUCUCACCAGUCUAGGAUCUGACGACUCAGGCAUCAUAUGUGGCUCCGAGUCGGACCAACUUGAAACCCUGAAUCGCAUUUGCCACUCGCAUGAAUCGCUGGAUUCUGGUGAAAUGGAUGCAGAGGAGGAGUGCAUAGAUAUGAUGGAGACGACAUCCAUAGACGAGGAGUACAACAUAAUGCAAUCGGAUCAUCCGUGCUUAUAUCCGCCACACGAAGUCGCCAACGAAAUGGACUGUCGCACUCUGCGUCCGUCACGCAAGCAGAGGCGUCAGCAGCAGCUUGCCUUAGAGCAGGCCAAGCAGCUGUCGGAACGCAAGGAACGUGGCGUGGAUGUUGGCGUUGACGACAAGACCCGGUAUCGCGUCAUGAACAUGUCUCGUGCGGCCAUAAACGUGGAGCUGGGAACGGCGCCUAAUGAAAUCGAACCGGUGGACGAGCACAAGGAACCGGAUCAGGAUGUGGCGAGAGCAGAUUCAACUAUCUCCACGCCUCUACCGCCGCCCCUGCCCACGCCUACACCCACAUGGAGUGAUACAGCAACAUCGCCGGUAAUGCCUUCGGCGACACCCACGCCUGCAGCCACCCCCACACCCACUGAGAGCACCAAGAACGACCAGGUGCUCUUCAAGAACUUCUUCGGAGCCACCAAGAACGCCAUCUUCCGCACGGCCCAAAGCAUCAUAGAGAACCACGAGAAGAAGAACGCGGCCAAGCAGAAGGUGGGAGAACAGCAGACGGACCAUGCUUCACCGACGACCCUGCAAAGCUCGUCGAGUGGUGGCAGCACAGCCCUGCACGACCAGGUCAAGUCUCCAACGGACAUUUCCAAAAAGAAGGAGUUCUUCAGCUUGCUCACAUCCAACUCCAGCAAGAAGGCAGCGGCCGCUGCGGCGGCGGCUGCGGCAAGCUCCGCGGCCAGUACACCAGUCGCAACACCCACAGAAUCGUCCAUGGCCGACUCAUCAACCGACACGAAGGUGAAGGAGCGUACGCUCAACCUGCGCCUGCCUGGGACAGACACUGAUGGCACAACUGAAGAUGCACUUGCCAAGAGCUCCUCCAUGAACUCACUGCACAAGCUGAAGCUGCCCGUGCCCGGUGUGGUCAAGUACUUUAUAAGCGAGCGAGCACCUAGCUCGGAUGUGCUGCAGAAGCCCGAAAAAGGCCAGAGCGGACUGCUGCGCUUCUUCGAGUCGCCGGUCUUCAACAUACACUUUGCUGUGCACUAUCUCUUCUACUCGAAGGAGCCGGGGGUGCUCAGCUUCAUUGGCAACAAGAUCUUCAGCUUCCAGGACCAGGAGGUCGACCUGUACAUACCGCAGUUGAUCGUCAUGUACAUACAAAUGGAUGAGUUGGCCGACGUUCUGGAUCCCUAUCUUACCAUUCGGUGUCGCAAGUCUGUGGACUUCUCCCUAAAGUGCUUAUGGCUGCUGGAGGCCUACAACUACCAGGUGGACUCGCUGGGCAACUCGCACAGCGGCACCCGCAAGCCCAAACUGGCGCUCAUGAAGGAAAUAUUCUCGAAAAAAGAACAGAAGCAGGUGCAGAGCGAGUCGAAGGCGGCCAACGCAAGCGCGGUCGGCGAUGCUGAGCCGAGAUCGAUUGUGGCCUACGCCAAGAAAACGCACUACCGCUCGCAGUCGGAUGCCACUGUGCUGCUUACCGAUUCACGAUCACCACAUACCCUUAGUAUGUCCCAUCGCAUAUAUCAGAAGCCGUCCUUCACCACCAAAACGCUACCCACUGCGCCCACCAAACUGUGUCUGGGAGACCUGACCUCUGGGCAUGCCUUCGACAACGGCUGCACAUGCUUUGAGACGGUGCGGGGCCAGGUGAACGGUCUGCUGGGCCAGAGAACACUGUGCAGCUGCGGCGCUCCAAAGACUGCGCCGCAAAAGGAGUUCAUGAAGGCACUGAUGAACGUGGGAAAGAAUCUUACUUCGCUGCCCUCGAAGGCGGAGAAGACGUCGGCAUUGCGCAUGUUCCUCAACUUAAUCAACAAAAACCUGCCCGCUAGAGUUUGGCUGCCCCUCUACUCGGACAUUCCACACCACGUCGUUCGCAUCACGGAAGAGAAGACUGCUGUGCUCAACUCCAAGGACAAGACCCCGUACAUCAUCUACGUGGAGGUGGUCGAGGUGCCUGACAUCUACACCUCCCCACUGAUACCCAAAAUGAUGCCGUCACUGCGACACACAAAGAGCGAGGAGCACUUGGAGGGAUCCUGCCACCAGCACCUGAGUUGCAGCUGCACCUCCAGCUGCAGCAGCAGUCACCAGAGCUCAAGCUGCCGGCGGAAAAAGAAUGGCGAUGGAGAUGCCGGUUGCGGGUAUGGUUGCUCGCACAACUGCUGCAGCAAUCCACUCUCGCUGGGAGGUCUGCAGGUUCAUGAAAACGAUGUAUGGUCUCAGGAGGACGACGAGAUCACGUCGCAGUACCUAAACAUGCGCAAGAUAAGCGAGAGGGAUGCCGUAUCGCAGAUGUCGCUCGACUCGUGCGAUUCAAGGGACCAAGGACCACCCAUUGUCUUCAACAUCGGGGACGUGCGCUCGAGGCACUGUAACAAUUUAAGCUGCGAGAACACAAAAUCGUUUAGUCACGACCCAGAGGAUCCUUCGGCAGCGGCCCUAAAGGAACCCUGGGACGAGAAGGAGAAGCUUAUUCGAGAGUCUUCGCCAUAUGGGCACCUGUCAAACUGGCGACUGCUUUCGGCCAUUGUUAAGUGUGGGGACGACUUAAGGCAGGAACUCAUGGCUACACAGCUGUUGCAGAUGUUCAAAAUAAUUUGGCAGGAGGAAAAAGUGGACCUGUGGGUGCGUCCGUACAAGAUAGUCUGUCUGUCGAAUGACAGCGGUCUCAUUGAACCCAUCCUUAACACCGUCUCCCUGCAUCAAAUCAAAAAGAACUCCAACAAGUCGUUGAGAGAUUACUUUAUCGAUGAGUAUGGCCCUCCCACGGAUGAAAGUUUUCGCCGUGCGCAAAGGAAUUUCGUUCAGAGCUGUGCAGCUUACUGUCUGAUUUCCUACUUGCUGCAAGUCAAGGACAGGCAUAAUGGCAACAUACUCUUCCAUUCGGAUGGACACAUAAUACACAUCGACUUUGGAUUUAUUCUGAGUAUAUCUCCAAAGAACUUGGGCUUCGAGCAAUCCCCAUUUAAGCUUACGCCUGAAUUCGUUGAAGUCAUGGGAGGUACCGGUUCGGAACAUUGGCGUGAAUUCAAUCGCUUAUUGCUCGUGGGCAUGAUGUCAGCUAGAAAGCACAUGGAUCGCAUCAUCAACUUUGUGGAAAUCAUGCGCAGCAAUGCACAUUUGCCGUGCUUUAAAAAUGGAUGCUCCGGCACCGUACAGAAUCUCCGCAAACGCUUUCAUAUGAACUUAACCGAGCAAGAAAUGGAACGCAAGGUUGAGCAGCUUGUGCAGGAUUCGUUGAAAAGUCUGUCAACCAAACUCUACGAUGGUUACCAGUACUACACGAAUGGCAUAUUGUGAGAACGGUUUUUUAUGAAGAUCUAAACAGAUUUCAUGAGCAAUAGAUUAUAAAUGCCGAGCUGAUACCCAAAACUAUGGACUGACUUUUUGUAAAGGAAAUUUUGUAUAUUAAAUAAUACAUUAUGUAAUAGAUCAGCGACAAACAUAAACAAAACAAAACAAAAAGAAUGAAAUUGUACCAAACCAAAAUCUGUUAUCGUAGCUUAAAACGUUCCUUGUGUGCGUUUACAU